AGACCCUCCCACUCUCUCAGACUAAAAUUGCCAAAAAAAAAAAAAAAAAACACUCAAACUCUCCCAGACACAGGAGACUCUGCAAGAACCAGAAUCUGCUGCAACUAUUUUGAACCCUAAGAAUUGAACUUGGAGACGCCUUAGAAUCGGAGCCCUAGAAUCAAUCAGAAUUGGUGACAAUGCCUCAGGUGAGGAUCAUAGCGAAGAACUUCAUGGACAUGGUGGCUGCCUUGCCCGCCAUGAAGCUCGAUAAGCUCUACGACAACGCAUUCAUCUGCGAAGCCAUUCUCAGGUCUCUGCCACCACUGGCCAAGAAAUAUGUUUUGCAAAUGCUAUGCGUCGAGCUUCCGGUCAAUUCCAAGUCAAUGGAGGAGUGGGUGCUCCCCGAUGGGGCCUCCAAGCAUCGAGUGGCGAUUGAUCGAUUGGUUCAAUUGAGAAUAUUCACCGAGACCAAGAAGAAGGGGGAUGUUACAUACACAUUGAAUCCUAUAUUUCAGACUAAUCUCAAGAAGCUUCUCGUAUACGGUGUAGUUUUGCCAAGAGAACCAAUGCCUUCGAGUGUCACAGUGAGGCGUCCAAGCUCUGAGGAACUUGAGGCUUUUGCUCUAGAACAAUGGGAGUGUUUCUUGCUGCAACUUAUCAACUCAUCUCAAACUGAAAGGCCGUCAAACAUCAGUUCGUCUAUGAUGAAAACUUUCCAGCGGGGUCUUGUGACUCAAAGAGAUAGAGAAGCUCCUAGGUUAACUGAAAGUGGUUUCCAGUUCUUGCUGAUGGAUACAAAUGCACAACUUUGGUACAUCAUCAGAGAAUAUAUCACUAGCUCGGAGGAGCGCGGGAUCGAUUCGGCAGAUUUGAUUUCAUUCCUGCUAGAGCUAAGUUUUCAUGUUACAGGCGAGGCAUAUAACAUAAAUACAUUGACUGAGGUUCAGAAAAAUACGAUCAAGGACUUCACAGAUUUGGGAUUGGUCAAACUUCAGCAGGGUAGGAAAGAGAGUUGGUUUAUACCUACUAAAUUAGCUACUAAUCUUUCGGUGAGCUUGACAGACACAUCAUCAAGGAAACAGGGAUUUGUGGUUGUGGAAACAAACUUUAGGCUCUAUGCAUACUCAUCAUCAAAAUUGCAUUGUGAAAUUUUGCGUCUUUUCGCAAGGAUAGAAUAUCAACUUCCGAACCUUAUAGUUGGAGCAAUAACAAAAGAAAGUCUGUAUGGUGCUUUUGACAAUUGCAUCACUGCAGAACAGAUAAUUUCUUUUCUUCAGCAAAAUGCACAUCCACGUGUUGCAGAGAGAAUACCAUCUGUACCUGAGAAUGUCACGGAUCAGAUCAGGCUCUGGGAAACUGAUUUAAACAGAGUUGAGAUGACUACUGCAUAUUAUUACGAUGAAUUUCCAUCCAGGGAUCUCUUUGACGGUGCUGUUGACUAUGCGAGAAGCUAUAAUGGUUUGUUAUGGGAGGCUCCAGAUGAUUCAAAAAAGAUGCGUUUGGUGGUCAGGGCCGAAAACCACGUGCACAUGCGAGAAUAUCUUUCCGGUCAAAAGUAGGAGGCAUCAUGAUAUUAAAUUUGGAGAACUUUGACAUGACGAAAUCCUGGUAGACCUUGUGCAACAGAAAGUGCAGCAGAACAUGAUCCAUUCAGAACCUCGAGUUGUUAUUUAUGAGCUUUCUCGUUAUAGCUGAAAUGGCUUACAUAAGUCGUACUUUUUGCGAUAUUAUAGAUACCGAGUUAUUUGUAAAAAGUAAUGCAGCUUAAUGCAUGGUGCUUUGCCAACGA